UGUCCCCUAUGCAGAUCACCCAUGCUGAUUUCACAUUAGGAACAAGCAAGGCAAGGCUCCAAAAUGUCCAGUAGAAAUUAUAGGAGUGAGUUUUUAUAAACAUACAUUCGUGGAGCGAUUAACAGCGCAUAGCUGGGGAAAAUACCCAUCAAUAAGUGAAAUCGCGAACGUUAAACCGCGAAUAUGCAGGGGUCCAUUGUGUUAAAAAAAAAAAAAAGAUGAAUACAAUGUCAAACAGAUAAAGAGCCACCCUAUCAUAUAACAGCGCCUGAUUGUUUCAGGUAAACGAGAAAAAAAGGGAGGAAAAGUAGUAAAAUACGACAUAUGCCACAUACCCAUUCGCUUGAGUUAAUAAUGAAAAGAAGACAGUGUGACGAUUGAAAAAGAAAUAUUUUUCUUAAAAUUGGGGUUUAUCCCACUUCCUGGUUUUCGCGCAAACCCGGAAGUGACCAGAGGUAAUCAUCUCACCACGCCGCUUAUCUCACACAUACGUCAGAACCGCCAGCUUCUUCCAGAAGUUUCCUCUCUGCGGUUGGCGGUCUGCCUCGGCUGCCCCUGCAGUCUAGUCAUCGAUAUCUCGGUCGACACGCGGGUCUGACGUCUGUUCGUUCCAUCUGGGUGACACUUGCCUCUUCGUCUUUGGCAUGGAGUGGAAAGUCGUAUCGAAGUGAGUGGUCAGUCUAACAACCCUUUACCUGGAACUAGCUAGGAGGCUACCGAGGACCAAGUGCCGUUGAAGCCCAUGCAGGCGGCGGCUCCUGUUGGAAUGUCUGGUUUUCUCGAGACGUGGCCGAAGAAGUGAGUAAGUCUUUGCGAUGGGUAAAGACUACUACAAGGUGCUGGGAAUAGCCAAGGGUGCGUCGGAAGACGAAAUCAAGAAGGCGUACAGGAAGCAGGCCCUCCGCUAUCACCCGGACAAGAACAAGUCCGCUGGUGCUGAGGACAAAUUUAAGGAGAUAGCAGAAGCCUACGACGUCCUCAGCGACGCCAAGAAGAAAGACAUUUACGACCGAUAUGGCGAAGAAGGGCUUAAGGGCUCCGCUGUCGGUGGUGGCGGGGGCCACAGCGGCUCCACAUACAACUACACCUUCCACGGCGACCCCCACGCCAUGUUCGCCGAGUUCUUCGGCGGCCGCAGCCCCUUCGACCACUUCUUCUCACAGAACGGUGGCGACGACACGGUGGACGCCGCCGACCCCUUUGCCGCCUUCGGGAUGGGCGGCUUCCAGCGGCCCUUCAAGUCGCACCUGGGUGGCCCCCACGUCACCCGCGAAAGGCAGAAGGACCCGCCGGUGGUGCACGAGCUGAAAGUGAGCCUGGAGGAGGUCUUCGCCGGCUGCACCAAGAAGAUGAAGAUCUCCCGGAAGAGGCUGAACCCCGACGGGCGAACCACGCGUAGUGAGGACAAGAUUUUGUCGGUGGACAUCAAGCGCGGCUGGAAAGAGGGAACCAAGAUCACCUUCCCCCGCGAGGGCGACGAGACCCCCACUAACAUUCCCGCCGACGUGGUGUUUGUCGUGAAAGACAAACCUCACCCCGUGUUCAGGAGGGAGGGCUCCGAUAUUAUUUACCCUGCCAAAAUAUCACUUCGUGACGCCCUGUGCGGGUGCACGGUCAGCGCACCGACGCUUGACGGUCGCACCAUCACGGUGACGUCGCGCGACGUGGUGAAGCCGGGCACCAAGAAGCGCAUUGCCGGCGAGGGCCUGCCACUGUCCAAGUGGCCCGACAAGCGAGGUGACAUGAUCCUGGACUUCUGCGUCAAGUUCCCCGACAAGCUGGGCCAAAACACACGCGACGCUCUCAGGCAGGUCCUCCCGCCGUGAUGCGGGCCCGCGCCACACAGAACACUACUUCCUCCGCGUUGUUCUUCAGGGUGCUGUGACUUGGAAACUUAACCUGGUCUGUCGAUGACUCAGGGCUGCUUUGCUUUGACUUUAGUCAAAACUCCCAAAACGUCUUAAACGUAAGACCAUAGAAGUGAUUUAUUCAAGGACAUUUUUUUGGGGGGGGCGGGGCGAGUGUGAACCAACACUGCCAGAGUUUGGGAUCCUUUUAUCUCAUACAUGUCUUUUAUUAGCACAGACUAACACUUAACACUCUGCAGAGUGAAAACCAGUAAUUGUGCUUGGAUGCUAUGGAGUAUUCAGGUCGCCCCGAUAGUCAUAAUAUUACAAGACAAAUGGCGUGAUGAUGCAAAAAAAGGAAAAAAGAAAAUGCAUUCCACGUUUUGUGGAGAAUAUUACACCAUAAAACAACCAAACGGUUUAUUUUAUU